AUGGCGUGUCCCAAGGAGACCAACAACCGAGCCCUCAAUGGCAAGUUCGUCAUGAACAAGAGCCUCUCCGACAACCUAGACUCGAUGCUCGCCUUACAAGGACUCUCGUGGUUCACGCGUAAAGCAAUCUCUUUCGCAACGGUCACACUCACCAUCAAAGAGUAUCAAGACGACAAAUCACUCUACCACAUCGAUAUCUCCUCCAACGCUUCGGGGUUGAGCACAACGCAGGAGAACAGAACAAUGGAUUGGGAGGACCGACCACACAAAGACAAGAUCUUCGGAAACGUAAAAGGUCGGUCGCGGCUAGUCAAAUUGUCAACUACAGCCUUUGAGCCGUGCGAACCAUACAACGAAUCCGAUACACAGUUUCUACAGGGCAAGAUCUUGAAGGAUGGAACAACGGCGAGCAAGUUCUUGGAGGACGAAGUGGUGCAGAGUUAUGUCAAGAACCAGGAUGCUGGGCACGGGUGGUCAGCAGAGCAGGUAUGGAACUUCGAAGAGGUUCAGGGGAAGAGGUACUAUACCAGACGGAUUGUGUCACGAAGUAGUGACGGGACCAAAAGCGAGAGGGUGAGGCUCGUAUACGACUACCUUGGCGUCACGAAAGAGGAGGACGAUGGGCUGGCAUAUGGCGAGGAAUGA